AUGCCGGGAGCGGAGAAUGCCGGGUGUAGAGGAUACCGGGAGUUUAGAAGCCGGGAGUUGAGAAUGCCGGGAGUUGAUGAUAUCGGGAAAAGAGGGCCGGGAAUUGAUUGCCGAGUGGCUGGAAAUGCAGAAGUUCUUCGACUUCAAGAGAAAACCAAACAAUCCUACCUGAGCUCCCAAAUGAGUCCUUGCGUUAUUUGGGACAUGAUCGGAAAAUACUUGGAUCUCCAGGACGUUAAAAAUCUUGGCCUUGUCUGCAAGAAGUAUAGAGAAUCGUCGAAACUCAUGCUGAGCAAGAAAUCCUGGAUUAAACUGAAGUUAUCUGCCGGAUCAUCUUUUAGCACUACGAUGGAAAAAUUUUGCCGAGAAAUAUACCCACUACUUAUCCCGAAAUACAUUUACCCCAUCGCGUUCUUCCUCCCCACAACCGCUGCCCAUGUCCAAGCUGCCGUCAGAUGUGGGGUAGCUGCCAAAAUUCGCUUAAUUCCAAACAGUGGUGGUCACGCGUACGAUUCAAUCUCUACCGGAAACAAUUCCACGUUGAUUGUCGAUUUCCAUGAGAUGCAGAAAGUCGAAGUUAUCGGAACAGGAAAAUAUGCCAUUGCCCAACUUCAACCCGGAGCCCUUUUGGGGCCUGCUACGGCACAGUUGUGGAAAUUGGCAAAAGUAGGAAUUCCUGUAGGUAACUGUUUAACCGUUGGGCUAGGAGGGCACGCGAUAGGAGGUGGGAUCGGUCUGUUCUCCUUUGUCUAUGGCCUCCUGAUCGAUAACGUCUUAGAGUAUGAGAUGGUUGAUGCCAAAGGAAACAUUGUGUACACGAGUGAGACAGAAAAUCCUGACCUUUUCUGGGCACUGCGUGGCGUUGGGGGUGGCUACAUCGGAAUAAUUACGAGAUUCCGGAUUAGGACCUUCCAAGCAGAUAUGAUUAGGCUAAGCCUCGUCAGGAUGGUGUACCCUGUCAAGGAUUUUGUAAAGGUGGUUUCAGCCACGCAGGAUUGGAUGGCGUGGACGCGAGAUAAUGAACCGCUCGUUGGUACAAUGGCAUUGGCAUUCAAUGAUAAUUGGAACGUCUCCGACUCUGUCACUCCGGGUGGUUCAGAACCAGGCAUUAUUGUCGCCUCAUUCCACAUUUAUGAUCCAGACCGGAAUCCCACCAGUAAUGCAACCUUUCUCAGAAAGAUUAGUGAAAUGUUCCCCCCCGGAGGAAAAAAGAUUGUGAUGUUCCCCCCAUACUUGGCCAUGCAUUAUGCCACUGGCUACGCUCCUGUCGUUCUCCCACCCUCCAUGCCAGCUCCAGACGCUCCUGGGUCCCUUCAGCAGGCUGGAGAAGGUGGGUUCGUAUUCCCCCCGGACGACUAUAUCGUGAACCUCUUUAUGAAGUUCACCAAACAAAUGGCAAUCGUUCGCUACUUCAAGGCCAGAUCGCAAUUCGUAAAACGGAAGUUAACUAUGGAAGAGUUGGAACGUCUGGGCGAGAUAAUGCUUCGAAUUCCGAACAAUAGAGCUGGCCUCUUGAUCAAUACGGAGCAUGGAGCUAUUCAAAAGGUGGCUGCAGAUAAAACGGCAUACGUCCACAGAAAAGUUGGAGCCAAUUUUCGGAUUCAUGUAACCGGAACGACACGAGAUGGUAACAUCCCAGAGGCUGUCGAAUGGAUGGAGGAAUUCUGGGCCGCUAUGAAAUCCUUUGAUGGUGGGGAGACGUACCAGAACUUUCCCGACCUGGACGUUAAGGACUAUUUGAAGAGAUACUAUGGGUCCAAUUUGGACAAACUGGUAUCCACCAAGAAGCGUUGGGACCCUACCAACUACUUCGUGAAUCAACAAUCACUCCCUCUCAAAAUUAUUAAGAAGUAG